AUGCCUCCUGUAAAAGAUGAUCUGAUUUUUAACUGUGUAGAGGUAAACAUACCUGAAAAAAGCCCUGGAAAAGGUACAGCAUUAGUUGAUGUGAGGGCCUGUAAUAAACCCGCCGCUAAGGUAUGGUUCCGUGGCGUACGUAGCUCAAAGUUCCGUCAUGUUUACGGAGUUCCUUUCAAACGUGAGAGAUGCUAUGAUAACAUAAAAAUAACUAGGAACGCCCACGAUUCAAACUUCUGCGCUGUAAAUCCUAAGUUUGUGGCUAUAGUCACUGAAGUGGCUGGUGGGGGAGCAUUCUUAGUACUGCCUUUGGACCACACCGGUCGUCUGGAUUUCAACGCGAGCCGCGUCACGGGACACAAGGGUCCUGUUUUGGAUAUUAAAUGGAACCCAUUCAACGACAACGUGAUAGCCUCCUGUUCUGACGACUGCACGGUGAAGCUAUGGCACAUCCCCGAUGGUGGUCUAUCCAUGCACCUCACUGACUGGCUGGUAGAGCUUCAUGGACAUAAGAGACGUGUGGCUUACAUAGAGUGGCAUCCAACAGCUGAGAACAUACUGUUCAGUGCUGGGUUUGAUUAUCUGAUCUUUGUAUGGGAUGUCGGUAAGGGCGAGGCUGUGAAGGUGAUCGAUUGCCACAGCAAUGUAAUCUAUUGUAUGUCCUUCAAUCGAGACGGAUCACUACUAGCGACUACCUGUAAGGACAAGAAACUACGGGUUAUAGAGCCUAGGCGAGGUAUCGUGCUGUCUGAAGGGCCCUGUCACCUCGGUACGAAAGCAUCAAAAUGUACGUUCCUCGGCGCCCAGUGUAAAGUAUUGACUACGGGUUUCUCACGACACAGUGAUCGUCAAUACGCUGUGUGGGACCAACACGACGUGAGCGAACCACUCGCCUGUGAAACAAUCGACAGCUCCUCUGGAGUAGUAUUCCCAUACUACGAUUAUGAUACCAACAUGGUGUAUCUGGCUGGCAAAGGCGACGGUAAUAUUCGUUACUACGAAGUAGUAGAUGAGGCGCCCUACGUACAUUUCCUGAACCAAUUCCUCUCAGGAAACCCUCAACGUGGUUUAGGCUUCAUGCCCAAGCGUGGUGUGAAUACUUCUAUCUGUGAGGUGUUCCGUUUCUACAAGCUACACACAUCUCGUGGUCUGUGUGAACCUAUAUCUAUGAUUGUACCGCGCAAGUCUGACUGCUUCCAGGAGGAUUUAUACCCUGACACGGCAGCGCCGCAACCCGCGCUCUCCGCACGUGACUGGCUGAGUGGAGUGAACGCACCGCCGCUACUCAUUAGUAUGAAAACAGGUGUAACAAUAUCUACCCACAAGCCUCGUAAUAACAAGGACGCGCCCGCGCUCCAGCCUCAAGACGCGAAUAACAGAAAAAAGUUCGCCUUCCUCUCACGAGAGACGACUCCCGACUACCGCCCUCUGGCGACGUGGCAGGGAAACCAAGACGAUACACAGCAGGUUCAAGUGACUGAGAAGUGUCAGAAACAGAACUCGAAUCAGAACACAAAGUUCCAUCAGCUACAGAAGAUGUUCGGCAAACAGGCGGGCGACGUUGAAGUGGUGCCACUAUACAAACAGAUCAAUCAGGGAGACGUGUUUAAUACUGAACAUGAGUUGCGUUUGGCGUUCAAUCGUCAGGGAGAAGAACUGAGAAUAGUUAAACGUCAGCUACAGAACAGUCAACAGAGAGUGAGGGAGCUUGAACAACACGUCGCUUCACUACAAUCACGACUCAACACGACAUAA